CCGGAUAGGGGAGGCAGUCAGGCACUUUGCACGAAUCGAGGAAACUCGACCAGGCCUUGUUCAGCAACGCGCUAAUAUUAGACUUACCACGGCUGAACUUUCGAAGGGUGGGAGCCACACGCUCGGCCAGCCAUGCAGAGACCUUCUGCCACUACGCCGACGCAAAAUGCGACUCCUUUCUUCUCUGCCAACAUCUGGGGAAAUACCAGCGCUAAUCCCAACGUCACUUCGAAUUCCCAGUCGCAAUCCUCUAGUAGAUCACGGCCUGGCACCAGUUCUGGAGAUCGAGAGAAGGACAAAGAAAGAGAAUAUAACGUUCUGACCAAAGACCGCGAUCGCAAACCUUCUUUUGGGCGUAGACCAUCCUUCUCUUCCCCGUCCAAAGGAAAACGUCGCGCGAGUUCGUCCAAUGCGGGAUCUGUAUCCGGAGAUCAGAUUAAGACCGACGCCACUGCACCACCUGCGAUACCCCCUGAUUUCGCACUCGCGGUUGCUGCCAAAUUCUCGAGAGAUAACGAGGCAGUGCCGUCACCCGCGUCGGCAGAUUCCUUUUCCAAGAUGCUAAGCCGAACUGCAACGACGCCCAUCAAUGGGCAAUACCCCACUACCGCGACCUCCCCCCCUUUACUCCAAACCGAAAUACCAUCACUUCAUCAGCAUAUACACGAAGUUUCCAACAAGAGGAUCUCAACGUUGGAUUACCUGCGUAAAGCUCACGAGGGUCGAGUAUACUGGUUUAAUACUUUACUUUUCGACAAGCCUGAUCUAGCACGUAUGCCAUACUUCGAUAGUCGCAAGAUCGCUUACCGAGCCACGAACUACCUCUUACUUGGCUUAUCACUGCCCGCCGUCAUCGACCUAAACUCAGCUACGCCACUCGAAUUCCUUCGUUCUCUUAACACCCUUUUAGCCGAAUUUGACUCCUACCAACAAAUACACACCGAAAAUGGUGUCAAUACCAGCUCCCUUUCACGCGCCCGUAUCCCGAAUAUGUUCCGUCGAGGAGCCGGUGGGAAAGGUCGGAGGCAGUCAGGGGCAGGGGACCUAUAUGCGGAUGCGAGCAACAGCCUGGCAAGCGGAUCAGCCGUGAACUCGGUACCUACAAGCGUCAUCAACUUCGGGCUAGGUGGCGAAGGCAACGAUCUUGUUCCCGGCGAGGAGUACACACACCUCUUAACUCCGAACCUUCCUUUCGAUCCCGAUUUCUUCGAGACAUUUGCUACGUUGUGCGAUGUGCUCAUCGACUGUUACGCGAGACUUAUGACACUUCUCCCCACGGCCAAGGACUGUACGCCCAUUAUCGCGGAGCUAUUUCAUAAGGCCGAUUCAAAAGUUCGCAAGAUCAUCAUUCAGGGAGUGGUCAAGGAGUUCGAAGACUCAAGCCGGGUGGGUUUGAAGCAGGAAGUAACCAACGUGGGUAAAGUGGUACUCGGGGGACUGGUUUAAUGAAAAGUUUAUAUAUGAAC